ACUUACCCUUCAUAAAAAAAAUAAAAAAUAAAAGAAGAGAAAAUAAAAAUAAAAGAAAUGGGGAAAGGAAAAGAAAAAGUUCUGUAAACUGUCAGUGGGUGGGAAGUGGGUGGUGUGUCUGCUCUAAGCUACACUCCACGAAAAGUCUCCACAAAAAGUCUCCACAAAAAAUAUCAAACACAACAGCAUUUCAAAUUACUGUUUUUAUGUUUCAUCAUAAAGAUUAAGUUUAAUCCAAAAGCACAAUGAUAAUUGAAAAAUUAAUUCACAAAAGUCUAAAAAUAGUUUAUUACGAAUAUGGGGAAUUAUAAUCUCUAAUUUCUCUCUCUGUAGUACAAAAGGAAAGCAGAAAGGAGACACGUGUAGAAAGUUUUAUUUUUCCUUUUCUUUUUUUUGCAUUCCUUUUUGCACUCCCUUUUCGGCGAGGCAGACAGGAUGUGUGUGGGGUGGGGUGGGGUGGGGGAGAGUAGGCAGAGAGAGAGAGAGAGACUCAGGCUCAUCGCUCACUCUGUCAAUGCAGCAAAAGUCCUUGAAGCAACAGAGAACGGAAAGUGGGUGGCAGAGUAGCAGACAUCCUUAAAUUGCUUUCGUCGCCGCCAACGCAAAAGGUCUUAUGUAACUGCGCCUAUUCCGAUUUAUUCCCUUUUACAGCUCCCAUGUCCUUUUUUCUCCAUUUUCUUUUUUUUUGGCCAGUGUUAUGCAAUGUUUGUUGAAUGCACAGCACGUCCUUUCACGCACACAUCGCUCGCUAUCUCUCUCUCUCUCUCUGUAUGAAGGAAUGUCUGGCAUUUUUUAUACGUCUUUAUUAUAAUGGCCAAGACAAAUUCAAUUUCUCCAUCAGUUUCUCCCACUCUCUUUGAAUUUAAAUGGCUUCAAUUUCUUUUAUUUUUUGUAUUCAAGCAUUUGCUUAUUGAAUCAGCUCCUUGGAUUCCCGCCUAAUGACUCGGGGCGUCUCUUUAACCAAAAUCCUUAUGGCUUUUGGAGAAACACACACACACACACGUGGUGGUGUGGCUCUUCAUUGCCAAAGUUGGUAGUAAGAAGGCGGCUUUUCAGAUUGUGGUUUUAAGAUUUUCUAUGACAGCCCGUGGUUUUCGGAGGGGGGCGGAGUGAGGAGUGCCCCCCGUGACGCCCAUUACAAAAGAUUAAAGUCGGCAACUUUGACAAAUUGUUACUCGCUUUGCUGACAUCUUCCAGUGCGCAGUUGCUCAUUUUUCUCCACAUCUAGAAUGUUGUUUUAUUUCUCAAUUUUUUUUUGUUUUGUUUUUUUCGUCGUGUUUAAUUUGCCCACGCCGAAUCAACAUUAUGAAUGAAACACAUCAGGCACAGUGAAGACUCUAAAAAUAAGACACAUUCUUAUUAAUUAAGGGGUUACUGCGUAUCAGACUUAAAAAUAAAGAGCUUCAAAAAAGUGUUUUUUUAGGAAUUAAGAGCCUAGAAUUAAAACACAUUAUUUUCUAAUAAAUGGUAUAAAUUUUUAAAAUAUCGGUUUUCGGUUAUCGUCAUUAAAUUCGAAAAAAUGGGUUUGAAAAAAAAAAUUUUGCAAAAUAUAUUUAAUAUUAUAUUUUAGGACUAUUUUAGUCCAUAGGCUCCAUUUAAAAUGCUAGAACUUCAUAGUAAUUAGACACAUUUUCAGAUACUAUUUUAAAAAUGUUAUAUAUUUAGAAGAUGGAAUUUAAAAAAUAUAAUUUUUAGACUCACUCUACCUAACUCCUUACAAUUGAAGUCUCUAAAAAACGUAAAAUUUUAUAAAAGAAUAAUGAAUGAAAUAGUCUCCUUUAUAAGAUCGAGGUAAAACAAAAAUUUGAUUCCUAAAUCGAAUCCCCACUGUACCAAGAACAUAAUAAAUGAAUGUUGUUUUUUUUUAUUCAUCAGUGUUGAGGCACUCUGCCUACCUCUUGCUCCCUCCUGGCUUGGCAGCCCCCCCCACCGCACCUUGUUGGCGAAAAAAGCCAUUUAGAAGCCCAAGACGGAGGAUGGAGGAUGGAAAUAUGGCGGGGUAGAAGUGCGUGGGCGGUGCUGCUGGGCGGGAAAUGCGAAACACAAUUGCCGCUAAUAACCCAAGGCGUUUAGCGGCAGCAGCAAGACGACGCGUCGACGUCGACGACGACGUUGUGUUUUAAUCGAAUUUUAUUUGCCGCCGUUAGCCAAUGAAUAAUUCAAAUUGAUUAUUAAAAUGUGCGCUCGCAUGAGUGUUUUGAGAGUGUGCGAAUUUCAGCACACACACACACACACACACACUGGCGCUCAACUCACGACUCUUGUAGGCGUUAACGUUAACGGUAGGACGUGUGUGAGAGCGGAGCUUUCAUUAAAACCGUUAUCUAUGCCAGACGCACGCACCAGACGCAGACGUGCAUAAAUUAAUUACAAUUACACGCACACAUUCAGCCAUCUGUUCCUGUUUCGGAAUUUCAAAUAGUUUUUUUGGACAAUCAUAAUUUUGGGGGCACCAGAACAGACAAGUGUUAGUUGAAUAGGAUAACAGCGAUUAGAGGUCCUCUUCCGAUAGUUUUGGGCUUUCCACAAUUAACUCAUUCCCAUAUAUCGUAUAGAUAUCGUAUAUGUUCCAUUCCAAUUGAAAAAUUCCCAUUCCUAAUUGGAAACUUUUUUGGAGAAAGGCCUAAGCACACUCCAAAAGUCUGAGACUUUUGAGGAUACGGCAAGGCCAAAAGCAAAGAACAACGGUUUAACCUCAAUAUUAUUUUCUUUUAUUAUUUUAAAGGACAUCUAAUUAUGAUUUUGUGCUUUCCACAAUUAACUCCUUCCUAUUACGAUAUAUAGAUGUCGUAUAUAUUCAAAAAAUAUGGAAAAAUGCCCAUUCCUAAUUGGAAACUUUUUUGGAGAAAGGCCUAAGCACACUCCGAAAGUCGAACACUUUCGAGGAUACGGCAAGGCCAAAAGCAAACAAAAAUUGGGGAAGAACCAGAACAAGGGUUGCCCUCAAUAUUAUGUCACUUUAUUCACAAAAAAUAACCAAAAACAAAAACAAACAACAGAUGCAGAGCAGUGGGAAAAAGUAUGUUAACUUAUGGCUGGGCUUAGCCCAACAAAAACAAAAACAAAAGCGGCAGACAUUUCUCUUACGUCAGAGUCUGCCAGACACACACAUCGAAACAGGAAAAUGAGGUUAUUGCCAAUCCCGUCUGCAAUGCUCGAGUAAACAUUUUAACCUAAUUUUUUGCCAUUGGAGAGCGGAGAAAGAGAGGGGGGCCUGGGGUGUGCGUUUGCAGGGGAGACUGCUCCGGCAUAAAGAGACGCCCCAGACACUGUGAUGUGAUAUUUUUUGGUGCUCAGAUUACCAAAAAAUAUUAUCACAACAAAAAAGAGGAUGACUGGCUUAAAUCGAAACAUCUGCUUUAAAAUAGUAUUUAACACAAAUAUCUACGGCGUGGGUCAUCUUAAAAAUUCAUGAGAUUGUGUUUACAAAAUUGCACUUGCAUGUUUCUAUAAUUUACAAAGUCCGCCGAUGUCGCCAAAAAUACAUUCUUGAUUCUCAUCCGUGCUCUAUUAGUUGCUGUUGUUGUUGGCGCGCAGAUUUGUCAUUUCUUUCAUGCUCGCUUGCACACAUCAAUCGCCAGGUGGGGUGUGGGGUUUGGGGGCAGGUGGCAUGAAACCAUGGGGCAAAUGAGGGAAACUAUAUAGCUAGCGUGGUAUGUGGAACAUAAAUGUUUCUAUACUGUGCAUAAAUUGCCUAGAAAUAUUUAAAUAAAAAAAACUAUUGAUUUUAUGGUCAGAUUUAUGGGAAUCUUUAUAAAGCUCGCGCCAUUUUCCAACCCUGGUUGAGAGCUUACAAAGAUGCUGGUCACAUUUGAAGAUAAUUGAAUAUUUAAAUUUAAAUUUAAAUUUAAAUUUCCUAUAAAACAAUAAUAUAUCUUCACUAUUUCAAUUAAAAUCAGAUGUUAAUAAAUUAUUUACACUCUUGGCUCUCAAUUAUAUUCAUAAUUUGUUGAUGAAAUAAAGAAAGAUAUUAAAUAAUAUCCCUUUCGUUAAAUUUGUGACGUCACAAACUUAACGAAAGUGGUGACAGGGCUACCUUCUUCUCCCAAUCUCUUCUUCUGCCUCUUUUACGAUUCGAAUUCCUCUGGAAAAUUGUUCAGAAUUUUUGACAUCCGAAUUAGAGUAGAAAAUCAACAAAAGUUAAUUUAAGUAACUAACCGGCACAAUGCACGGAAGUAAGAAUAGCAAACAAAACAAAUCAGCAAAGAAGCCCGUGAAGCUGAGCCUCGCCAGUUUCCACAAUCUGUUUGAAACUAAAACACCUGGAAACAAAAGGGAAAAUUCCUACAAAGGCAAAAUGAAUUCCCAAAAACGUGAAAAUGUGCCGAUAUGGGACUCGCCUGGCUCGCCAAUAAAGGGCAGUUGUGGCAGUGACGCCUUUCUGAAUCAAGUAUUAACUGCCCCAGCAGUAGUGCCCCCAAAAGUUCUGGCCGAAUCUUCCAAUCUACCCAAGGAACCAGUGAAAAAGGCGGAUGCCAAAGAUAACCCCGAGCCCAAGAUAAUCCUGCUAAGAAGGCCCACUUCGGUUCCCUUAAGAGAUCGCCCCAAAACGAAGGUGCGUCCGUGUCCUCGGAUUCCCACUCCUACACGUACGAUGGCCAAGGAACUGGAGCAAGUGGAUCUCAUGACAUCGGCGGACUUUCGGCACGACUACUCCGCCCACUUGGAGAACAUGCGAACCCGGCAACAGAACCAGCAGCACAUGCACUUCUUUUCCUCCGCCUUCCAGCAGAACCGGCAUCUUUUCAAGGGACGCGUCAUCCUGGUGAUUUGUUGUGGAACUGGGACUCUGGCCCUUAUGGCCGCCAGAGCCGGCGCCAAGAGGGUGUACGCCGUGGACUAUUCCAAGGUCACCUGCUACGCCGAGCUGGUGGUGAAGGAGAAUCACUGCGAGGACGUAAUCAAGGUUCUGAAUGGUCGCAUGGCGGACCUGAUGCUCCCAGAGAAGGUGGAUGGCAUCGUUUGCAAUUGGAUGGGUCACUGUUUGCUCUACGAAUCCGAGGUCCUGGAGGUGAUAGCCGCUCGCGAUCGCUGGCUGAAGAGAGGAGGCUUCAUUCUACCGGAUAGGGGUUCGCUUUUCAUUCUGGGCUCCGAGGAGAAUCUGCUGAAGAACGAUCGCUGCAACUGGUGGUUGAGCGUCUACGGUUUCAAUAUGAAGGCCAUGCGUCGGUAUGCUCUGGCCGAGCCCCGCUACGCGAAAACCUCUGGCCAGAAGAUCCUUACCUUGGCACAUCGCGUCCUAGAACUGGAUCUGAUGACGGCCAAUAAGGAGGACAUCUUCGUGGAUCGAAAAAUCCGGUUGAAGGUCAACCGAGAGGGGUAUCUGGAGUGCUUCCUGCUCUACUUCGACGUGGAGUUUAGCUUCUCGCACACUCCCCUUCGGAUGAGCUGCAAUCCUUGUCUGAAAUCGACCCAUAAGUUCCUCUGGCAACAGACCGUCCUCUUUGUCGAGCAUCCCUUCGUGAUGCGGAGCAAUCUCCACUACGCGGGUUACCUCAAGUUUUCGCCCCUCAAACCCGAUUCUUUUAAGGAAAUGGAAGUCCGAAUCGAUUUCUUUCAAUGCAAUAGAUAUGAUGAGGACUUGGCCAGUGACUACUGUCUCAAGUUGGUGGCCAAGAAGUGGUUGAUGUUGGAGCACUUCCAGACAGUGAGCGAGGUGGACGGCUGUCAGGAAGAGACACCUGGCGUGGAGAACUUUUAG